CACACCAUCAUAGAAGGCAUAAACCGUUUGAGGAAGUGAACCUUGAACCUACCUCCGGCGUCACACAACAACAACUGACCCCGAAACUCACUCGUACCCUCACCACGUUUCCUACUCUCCACUCACAAAUUACACAUACAUCCGCCAAAAAAACUCACAAUGGCCAAGAACAACAACAACAAUGGCUUCGAGAACAAGAACAUGAACAACGUCGAGAACAAAUUCAACAAAGAAGACGCCAACGACGCCAAGAAAAUGCAGCCUGAGAAAACAGACAACGACGAAAAACCCAAAGAGGCUCCGUUGAACUUGAGAAACUCGAGAGUUCUUGAAUCGGAAAAACUUAUGCUGGACUUACUUGAGAUUUUUGACCUCGACAAACUUUUGACCCUGUCAGGGUGUACGAGUUUGUCAAAAACCGAAGGGUGCGAUUCGGUAAGGGCGGAUACGACGACGGACUUGCUGUCAAAGAUAGAGUUCAAUCUGCAGAAAUUGGCUGAGAGUAUGGAAAAGCUCAAGAAGCCUGUGCAAAUUGUGCCACCAAAGAAAAAAAAUGGAGGCAACGACAGGAAUGAUGGCAAUGACGGCAAUGGCGGUGGCGGUGGAGAUGAGAAGAAAAGGGAGGAAGACGAGGGCAAUGGUGGUGGCAAAAUGAAGUAUCCAGCAGGUCAGUCCCGGUUUGGACAAUUUUCAUAUGGAAAGGUAUACCGUCAUGGAUAUGGUUAUCAAAAUGGGGCACUCAAAACGGAGGAAAAAAUGUUGUUACUGUGCUGUGAGUUCUUUGGCUUACUGGUGAACCACUUGGCCAAGGACAUUUACUCUAAUAUAAUGCUAUUCUUUAUCACAUUUGUAUACUAUCUUAUGUGGCAGUUUAGGUGGACAACAACGUCAAUUAAAAUUAUGUAAUAUUUUCUUUUCUUUUUUAAUUUAUUAGAGUAUUUGUAUUUCUAAUUGUCUUAAUUAAAAUAUAUUUCAUUGAUUUAAUUGAUGUAGCAUAUAAUAUGGAUAUGCCUCUUCAACAGCAAACUCCAA